UUGGCGUAGCAUGCCCCAAGAUGGCGUCGCGGUCGUCGUCGUUGGCGGCGGUGGCCGGAGUGCUGGUAGCAGCCGCGGUGCCGACGUGGGAAGAACUGAGAGAAGGAAUGAGGCGGCGGGCGGCGGGUGGCAUUAGUAGCCAGUAGCGACCGCAGACGGGGGUCUCUCCUCCCGGUCGGCGUCCGAGACAGCGUCCCCGGGAUAGCGGGUCCCCCGCCCCCUCAAGACAGGGAGACCCUGACCGCUCCCCUCCCGACCGCGGAGCCGACGACACCCUUUGCUGGGCCCAUCCCACAGCUGCUUCCCGGGUGGGUCUACCCCCCGCCUCCUCCAACAGAGGAUGAUGAAGCUCAAGUCCAACCAGACUCGCACCUACGACGGGGACGGAUACAAGAAGCGGGCGGCGUGCCUUUGCUUCCGCAACGAGAGCGAGGAAGAGGUGCUGUUAGUGAGCAGUAGUCGUCAUCCAGAUAGAUGGAUUGUUCCAGGAGGUGGUAUGGAGCCUGAAGAGGAGCCCAGCGUGGCUGCUGUGCGGGAAGUUUGUGAAGAGGCUGGCGUGAAAGGGACAUUAGGAAGAUUAGUAGGAAUUUUUGAGAACCAGGACAGGAAGCACAGAACAUAUGUUUACGUACUUAUUGUCACAGAAGUGUUGGAAGACUGGGAGGAUUCUGUGAAUAUUGGAAGGAAAAGGGAAUGGUUUAAGAUUGAUGAUGCCAUAAAAGUUCUGCAGUAUCACAAACCUGUGCAGGCCUCAUACUUUGAAACCUUGAGGCAAGGCUGUUUGGCAAACAACGGUACUCCUGUUGUGACCACAUCAUUCUCAAAAGAGAGCACUAUGUCUGAUAUCAGAUGACUGAGGAUGUCCAUAUAAGAAAAACAGAUUUUGAAAAGUAGACUGAAACUUGGAUUUCCCUUCCUCCUUCCCCCUUCUCGCCUCUUUCACAUGCUUCCUCUGUCAAACAAGACACGUGCAGCAGCCUUUGGCAGAGCAAAUGUUUGAGUGUUGCUUUCUUGUGGAAAGUGGGGUUUUCUUGCUUUUUCUUGGAUAUGUAUUUUGUAAAACACAUCUUGAGCAUGAAGUGCCCCUUCCCUGUUAACAAAAUUUUAACUACCAUAAGGGCAAGGCUGUUAGCUUCACCCCUGCCUUGCAUUUUGAAAUGUGUUCUCUGUGUGUUGUCCCAGCCAUAGCCAGACCUUUUAUCUUUUCAGUUAAAGAAGGCUACAAAUGUGAGAUUGGUUCCUUAAGUCUUAGACUUUGUACAGUAAGGUGCUGUUGAGAUCCAUUUGAUCACUUUCUCAGUGCAUGUGUGUAAACUUUUUUUAGAUGGAGAAACCUAACACUUUGAUUUUUGCAAAAAAUUUUUAAUCGUGGGCUGCUUCUAUAAAGAAGGGCUUCAUAAUCUUGUUUGCCUUGUUUUUUUUAAAGAAACUUUUUUUGUGACAGUGCUAGUGGCUGGGCCAGUUAGACUCCCUGCACCUCCUCCCUGACCCAAAUUUAGUGCAGUGACACUUAGAGGAGAAGGCCAAGUUAUAAUCACUUGCAAGACAUCCCUGGUGCUCUGUUCUUUCUACAGUUUCAGCCAAUAUGUCAUCUUUAACAUCGAUACAAGGGAUUGGUCACUACUGUAUCAAAAGCUUUUGGCCUUGGAAACUAAAUGAAUUCCAGCCUCAGUAAAUAGGAAUCAAGGAUUCAAAAUGAGUUUAAAAACUAGUGAACUGGAGCAUCAAGCAUCAGUGCUAUCUGCUGGUCUGGAAUUCUUUCCCUUCCUGCUGCAUACUGCAGAUGUCUCUUGUCCACAUGCCUUAUACAAUACUGAACUGGAUAUUGUAAUUUGUGCUAAAGCAUUGGAUUGUACUUUCUGAGUGUUAUUGCAUGGACCUUGAUGAGAUGGUCACAUUUUGCCCCAGAAAAGAAAUCCCAGGGAAAAAUUUCAGGUGUUCAAUCUCCUUUGUCUAUAGCAUUGAAGCACUUGUUAUUGCACUGUGGAGUAUGAUCAGAAUAGUAAAUUUUACCCCACAGUGGCAAAGGUACAACUGGUUCCCAGGCAGAAAUGCUGGUGUAGAAAACUGUCAUCUAAUAGGAUAGUUAACCCGAUGCAUUGGCACGUCACAUUUUUGUUUCUAUUGAUGUAUGUUUCAUGCUGUCUUGAUUUGCCAACAGUGUUGUCUAGUUGGGAGACUUUGGAAAGGGUUGGGGGAGGGAGUUGGAUUGGGGGAGGGAGUUGGGUGGGCUGGGGAAGGUUGGGGUGGGGCAUUAGUUAAUCCCUGGCUUGGGACAGGACCUAGUUGCUAUAUUUGGUGACUUCUUCUUUGUCAGAGUAUAGCCAAGAUGUGAAAUUAAAUCUGCAGUACUCUUAUUUAACUAAUCAUUCUCUCCCCAUUAAAUACUUUACAAUGUGCAUGCAUGCACACAAAUCUAAAAUGGCUGUGUAGCCUGCAGUAAUGUAAAUUAAUAUAUUUUCAAGUUUGGAAAGGAGCUUAACAUUUCAGAUCAAAUUUUAUGAUUUCUUGUUUCAAGUCCAUGCUUUCCGAGAAUGAGAUAGCAUUCCAUAUUAUGGGAUCACAAAGAUGAAAGUGAUUAUUAUUGCCAAAAACUCUACACAAGAAAAAGACUGAGAGGUAUUAUUCAAGAAGUGGCUUAAACUUGGACAUCUAGAGUGGAAUCCUAAAUUAUGCUAUGCCACUUCAGUGCCCUUCGUCUUAUAAAUCAAACAAUAAACAGUUAAUUCAAAGGGCUUGACUGGUGUCUUAAAGUGUACAAUAUCAUUUCUCUUAACCUGUAUGUGGCACUUUCUAAUAUAGCAAACUGUUGCCUUCAGCUAAGAGGGUUUUUUUGUCUCACUGAAUAGAUUAGGACAUGAAAUAUUGUUUGAAAGACUCCACAAAGGGUGACUGCAGUUUUAAUAUCUACAGCAUGCACAGAUUUUUUAAAACUCUAAAAUGUUUUUAUAGGGCUAUUAAACUGACAAUUUAGGAUAGAAUAUUGUUAAUGACUUGCUAACAUCUUUUUGUUGGGUCAGGAAAAAUAAAUUGUGCCAAGUAAGUAGUGUAAUGUGGGAUGAAUUGAUGCUGUUCAUGCAACUGCAUUGACUGGCUGUUUGCUUUCUUAACUGGAAACAGAAGAUGUACCUUCUGGAGUGAAAACGAUCUGGAAUAUUCAUCAACUGUGUAUUCUAACCUAGUCCUGGCUCCUGUUGUUUACUAAAGCUCACCUUCCCACUUGCUUUUAAUGCACUGUAGAGAGAGUCUACAGUUCCCCCAAUAUCUCAGGGUAUUCUGUAAUAAAUGAGUAAUGGAUUUAAGUAAUAUCAAUAAGAAGUCACCAUAUUAACUCAUCUUUUCAAAGCACGUCUAGUUACACUGGAAUUUCCUACAUUGGUAAACCAUGUGUCUAAUACAACAAUAUAAGCAAUUGGGUAUCUUGAUUUGAAUAUAAUUCAGUAUUAAGUAUCUAGACUUAACCCUUAGUUUGAAAUUAAGGUAUUUUAAAUUUUCAGUUAAUUUAGAUUUCAUGCUGAAUUGUACAAUAAAAUGCAGCCACCUUCAGACUGUAUGUGUAAAACACUGCUAAGUUUAUGUACUGUCAUCAAAGCAAACCAGAAAAAUGUGCUUGGAAGAUUCUUUCUCUACAGUAAGCCUUACAUUGUGAAGACUACAUAUGACCCCAAGCCCGAGGACUCUGAGAACCCUGGCUUUCAUUUUUAUAGGUACAAUUCUAAUCCACUGCAGUUGCAGAGAAGAGGUUGGAUAAUAAUAAAAUUGCUGACCUUAUGCAUUUCCUGUUUUAGACAGAUACUAGAACAGCAUGAGCAGUGUUGCAAAUGUGUUGGUAUAUAUUUACAAAUAAUUCUUGACAAGAACAGAUUUGGUGCCAAUGCUUACUACAUUACUGACCCCAUUUAGACAAGGUCUAAGUGGGCAUUCGCAUUGUGCGUACCAUAUCUACUUAAAUCAAGGUUGACAGUGCUGCUUAAAAUUAUUUUUGGCAGUGAGUCUUUACAUAGCUGCUGGUUAACCUUAGUGAAUCUGAAACAUUAGUAAUAUUAUGAGUGAGGGCACACAGCCUGUGCAACGUUUGUCCAGUAUGGAGAAGAAAGAUGAAGCCCACUUAAGGCUUUCAGCAGUAAUGUCUGUCACCUUGUUGUAUACAAUGCAAUAGUGAUUUUUAAUGAUAUCACGUGUUUCAGUGUCAUAGAUUAGAAAGUCUGGUAUAGAAUAAAUAGCGUAUGCUGGAGUCUUUUGAUGUAGCUGUUAAUCUUUUGCGGCUUAACCUUGAAUUAGCUUAUUAGAUUUUCUAAAAAAUGGGGGGAAAUCACCUUUGUAUGAAGAGCUUGACCUGAACUUUAGUCAUGUUGUUAGAUGUAGCAUAAAUGCUUAUCUUCCAAAAACAUUAUAUAUGUCGUUAGUCAUACUUAUAUAAUCUGUUCCAUCUGUCUACCUUUGCUCUUUUCUAAAGGCCCGUUUGUUUCCUAGUUUUAAACAUCUGCCAAUAAGAAAAUGAAGUGCCACAGUAUCUUAAUAGUGGUUAUAUCAGAACUUACAAGUGGGAAAGUAUAGAAGUGUCUGCUGUGACAUUUUAAUAGAAGUGAGAAAGUUGCUUAGACAUAAUUUCUGCUAGAUAGGUAUCUGAUUUUGAAAUUAGAUUCUUGAAAAUUAACUGUUAUGGUUAUGAGAAUUGGAAUAUGUACUAGUGAAAUAUUCAAGAACAUUUGUGUAGGUGGUAUAUCUAACUGAUUUUUCUAAUGUUGGAAGUACGACUUUUGCUGAAGGGUACUGUUUUAAUCAAUGAUUGUGCAUAUUUUCUAAUGCUUUGCCAAGUUUUGUUUAUCUGUUAACAUACCUGUACCCAGGCACUGGGUGCUAUGUUUAAGAGAAAAUGAGAGAGUGUGUGAGAGAGAGAGUGCAUGGCCAUGUGUAGUGUUAUGGGUCUACUUUACACUGGAAGAGUAUGUAUGUAUGCUCUCUAAUUCCUGUAAUAAAGAAGCUGCUUUGAGUACA